AGAGGCUGGUCGCGGUUGAACGUUAAACGGGCGUUGUUGUCACCGCGUCUGCCAUUUUGAUUAGAAAUACUUUAUAUGGUGUGAACUGGCUCUCUCCACAGAGAGAGACUUGUAGUGCUUUAAACCAAGACUACACCCGUUGGCGAACAUGCUUUCAGCAGCCCAGCUACUCGACGAGUUGAUGGGCCGGGACCGAAACUUGGCCCCGGACGAGAAGCGCUGCAACGUGCGGUGGGACGACGAGAGCGUGUGUCGGUACUAUCUGUGUGGUUUCUGCCCGGCUGAGCUGUUCACAAACACCCGCUCUGACCUGGGUCCUUGUGAGAAAAUCCACGAUGAGAAUCUGAGGAUAACAUAUGAGAAAAGCUCUCGCUUCAUGAAGGAGGGCUACGAGCGAGACUUCCUGCGCUAUCUGCAGUCGCUCCUGGCCGAGGUGGAGCGGCGGAUUCGCAGAGGGCAUGCCCGGCUCGCACUUUCCCAGGCUCAGCAGAACGCAGGGGGUCCUGGUCCAUCAGGAAAGAAUGAGGAGAAGGUUCAGGUUCUGACGGAGAAGAUCGAAGACUUGGUCGUACAGAUUGAGGAGCUCGGGUCGGAGGGCCGAGUGGAGGAGGCCCAGGGAAUGAUGAAGCUGGUGGAGCAGCUGAAGGAGGAGAGGGAACUGCUCAGCUCCACCCCCUCAACCAUUGAGAGCUUUGCAGCCCAGGAGAAACAGAUGGAGGUGUGCGAGGUGUGUGGGGCCUUCCUCAUUGUGGGUGACGCACAGUCUCGAGUGGAUGACCACCUGAUGGGCAAGCAACAUAUGGGCUACGCCAAGAUCAAAUCCACUGUAGAGGAGCUCAAGGAGAAACUACGUCGGCGUUCAGAAGACCCCCAAGGCGAAAGCCCGGCGCUCAGGAAGGACAGAGAAGACCGCGAGCGCGAGAGGGAGGAAAGGGAGAAAAAGCGCAAAGAGGAGGAAGAAAAGGAGAUGGAGCGGGAGAAGGAACGCGAGAAGGAGAGGGAACGAGAGAAGGAGAGAGAGCGUGAGAGGGAGAGGGAGAGAGACAGAGAACGGGACAGAGAUAGAGACCGAGAUAGAGAUAGAGAUCGAGACCGAGACCGGGACCGGGAGAGAGACAGGGACAGGAGAGCACGCCGAAGCCACUCCAACAGCCGGCACUCCAGUCGAACAUCAGACAGGAAGCGGAGCAGAUCCCGUGAUCGCAGGAGGUCGAGGAGCAGAGACAAGGACCGAGAGCGGGAACGCAAACGCAGCAGGAGCCGGGACAGAGAUAGGGAUAGGGAGAGGGACAGGGAGAGGAGGCGCAGCCGCGAGCGCUCCGACAGAAAGCGUCGCUCCCGCAGCCGCGACCGGAGGAGGUCGCGCAGUUCAGAGCGCAAAUCUCACCGCCACCGCAGCCGCAGCAAGGACAGGGAACGUGACAGAGACCGGGACAGAGAGCGGUCAUCGAAAGACAAAGACCGUAAGGCGACGGAGGAGAGGAGCAGCUCUAAGAAAGACAAGCACUCCGACGGCGACGCAGCGUCCAUCAAGGCUUCGUCAGAAGCGGAACCGAUGGAGACGGAGGCGGCUGCCUCUGCCUCCUCCCCUCUGCUUAAUGGCCAGCAAGAGCUCCUCCAUUCUGAAGGUGACACUCAGUCCAAUUAAAACUGAUCUGAUAGGACCUCAGAUCAGGCUCAGGGGAAGCUGGGAUAUCUGGUGGAGGAAGACGUGGAAGAGCGCACCCAUACUUAACCUGAACCUGAAACUUCGCUGCUUAAAAACAAGGUGAACCACAGAUGUGUAGUGGCUUAUCUAAAAACGUGAACAUAAAAAUGUGUAAAUGAGGAGAGGGGAAAAAAAAUACAUUGGGGUUUUCAUGUUCCAUUACCUGUUUAUAUUUUGGCUGGAUGAGGGUAGUUGUGGUUCAUCUAAUGUACUUCUUGGUCUAGAUGUCGGCCGGGCAUCACUUUAAAUACCAAACUUAGAGGAAACCUUCAUUAUGGGUUUUUGUGUUCUUAUUUUGAAAAUCUUUACACAUCCUCCUUGUUUUUUUUGGCAUUUAGUGCAAAUGAAAUAAAAACCGUGCUUGUGGUUUGUUUUGGUUUGUCAGGUUCCACUUCACUUCCUGACCUUCUUUUAAAAAAAAAAAAAAAUCAGUUGAAACGCGUAUGUACAAUGUUAAUCCCAUGACAGGGCGUGUCUCUUUUCUCCUCCACUUAGAGCUCACAUUGAUUGCUCGUGUCCCCUUACUGUAAAAUAUACUGAUUUCAUUUGGAUCAAAAGAUUUUGAAGACUGAAGAUUUGUUUAAUUUUGCUCUGCUUUUUAAUGUCCAUGUUGUCUCAAUGAAUAAAAAGUAAAAACUUG